AUGCCCCGCCGUCGCAAGCCGCCCCGGCCAGGCGCCCUCGGCGAGCUCCCGCCGCUCCGCAUCGCGUCGCAGAUCGCGGCGCUGCAGGGGCUGUACUACGCCGGCGCGCUGGUGCUCAUGCUCUUCACGGCGCUGGUGGCCGGCACGCGGUUCAGCAUGGAGCUGGUGUUUGGGUGGGAGGCCGGCUGGCUGAGCGCGUUUGUGUGGGUUCUCGACGGGGGGCUCUGCAUGUGA